GGAAACAUACAACAGCGAUGUCUUGGUAUUCAUCACAAUGUCGCGUGAAGCAAAGGAAGAAGGAAAUAGGUUGUUCCAAGACAAAGACUAUGAAUCAGCCAUUCUAAAAUACCAGAAAGCCAUCAAGUUGCUUCCCAAAUUCCACAUAGACGUGUCCUAUCUAAGAAGUAACAUAGCCGAAUGCUAUAUCCAGAUGGGCAUAACAGAGUACCCUAAAGCAAUCAUAGAGUGCAGCUUGUCUCUACAAAUUUCACAUAAACACAACAAAGCACUCUUGAAGAGGGCAAGAUGUUAUGAAGCUCUCGAGAAUUAUGAUCUCGCAGAAGUAGAUGUUUGUCAAGUUUUGCAAAUGGAACCGAGGAAUGUCAUGGCCUUAGAGCUUUACGAACGGGUGAAAAAGGGAAAAUGUAGAAAUGCUGAUGGUUCUACAAGGAAUGUUAAAUUGGUGUAUGGAGAGGAAAUAAGAUGGGCUCAGAUAUCAACAACCAAUUGUAAUAUUUUGAAACUAAGAGAGAUUAUAUCUGAAAAGUUUCCAAAAUCAAAAGCUAUUCAUGUUAAAUACAAGGAUCAAGAAGGAGAUUUAGUUACUAUCACAACUAAUCAAGAACUCAAUUGGGCUGAAACAGGUGGAGAAGGAGAUCAAGCUUCUAUCAAGCUUUACAUUGUUGAAGUUAAUCCAGAUCAAGAUCCAUUAUACUACCAACUUACCAAAACAGAAUGUAAAAAACACGAAAACUGUGCAGUUAAGGAGCCAACAAGUAUUGACGAUUGGAUAAUUCAGUUUGCGCAAAUAUUCAAGAACUACGUUGGUUUAAAUUCAGAUACGUACCUGGAUAUUCACAAGCUGGGAAUGAAGCUAUAUUCCGAAGCCAUGGAGGAAUCCGUUGCAGAUGAAGAAGCCCAAAGCCUAUUCAAUACAGCAGCCGAGAAAUUUCAGGAGAUGGCAGCUCUGGCCUUGUUCAAUUGGGGAAACGUUCACAUGUCACGGGCGAAGAAGAGAUUAUACAUAACGGAAGAUGCUUCAAAAGAAACUGUAGUGUUAAAAGUUUCAGCUGCAUACGAAUUGGCGAGAUCAGAAUACCUACAAGCAGGAGAUCGAUAUGAAGAAUCGCUGAAGAUAAAACCGGAUUUCUAUGAGGCAGUUUUAGCUUUAGGACAACAGCAGUUUGAGCAGGCGAAACUGUCUUGGUAUUACGCAGUAGGGAAUAAUGCAAAUUUGGAAACAUGGCCUUCUUCCGAAGCUCUUGAGCUUUAUAAUAAUGCAGAGGGGAACAUGGAAAAGGGAAUGCAGAUGUGGGAAACAUAUGAAGAGUCGAAACCGAGUAAAGUUAAACUCGGAAUGCAGAAAAUGGGCUUGGACAGAAUCUUCAAGGACUUAUCUGAAGAUGAAACGUUAGAGCAAUCUUCAAACAUGAGAUCACAAAUAAACCUUUUAUGGGGAACAAUGCUGUAUGAAAGAUCAAUUAUGGAAUUCAAACUUGAACUUCCUGUCUGGCAAGAAUGUUUGGAAGUUGCGGUUGAGAAGUUUGAACUGGCAGGAGCUUCUGAAACGGAUAUACAUCUGAUAAUGAAAAAUCAUUGUUCCAAUGAAUCUGCAGUUGAAGGUAUGAGCUUCAACAUUGAUGAGAUUGUACAGGCUUGGAACGAAAUGUAUGAAGCGAAAAGAUGGGAAAGUGGUGUUCGAUCCUUUCGAUUAGAACCAGUGUUGAGAAGACGAGUUUCUAAACUCUGUCAUGAUCUUGAGUAUGUCUGAUAAGAAACGGAAUAGGAUUGUCCAAUCCGAUUUCCAGAGUU